AUGUUCAAGGAACUUGUUGCCGUGAGCGGAUUGGCUAGAAGGUUUAGUCAUUGGGGUGAAUGUGGUAAUCGCAGGGUGAAAGUGAUUAUAUGGGAAAGGUUUAGGGGGCAGGGAUUUAAGUUUCAUUGGGACGGGAGAGGGGGUGCGAAACGAAAGAGUAAUGUCAGUGAGGCCUACGUCAUGGGACAUGAGAACGAACGAGGUGCAAAAUAUGGUUUUGAAGUGACUGGAAGAAUUUGUACAUUCCAUAGAACAGACUUCUCAUGUCUGAGAUCCCGGAAAUUUGAUUCAUUCUCUUCUAUCAUCAAAUCGUUCAAUCACAAUAGAGCUCAAUUUGGCACGAACAUGACCUGCUAA